AUCACCCAUAGAAGAAGAAAGGCGAAGUCAUGGCGGCUGACAGUUUGUAAUGAGCAAACAAAAACAGCAAAGACUCGUUUAAGUUGGACCUACAGCGUUUAAACCAGGCCCGGGGAUACAAACUCUGACGGCAAAAUGCAGAUAACUUUGAAAACCUUACAACAGCAGACGUUCAAAAUCGACAUCGAUGAAGAGGAGACGGUGAAGACGUUAAAGGAGAAGAUUGAAGAGGAGAAAGGAAAGGACCAUUUUUCAGUUUCAGGACUGAAAUUGAUAUAUGCUGGUAAAAUCCUCAACGAUGACACAGCUCUCAAAGAAUACAAAAUCAGCGAGAAGAACUUUGUGGUCGUCAUGGUGACAAAGGCUAAAACGGCCUCAGCAGCCUCACAGCCUUCACCUGCCACCUCAGCUCCCAGUACUACAGCUCCCGUAGCACCCCCUGCCGCAUCAUCCAGCUCGGAAAACACCACAGAGCGCGUCUCCACAGACGACAAACCAGAGGAGAGGCGGUCCUCGACUGCUGAGCCAGCUACCACCCCUGUCGGAAGCUCAGAGGCCUCAACAAACACAAACCUAAUUGAUGAGGCAGUUUCAACUCUAGUGACAGGCCCAUCUUAUGACGCCAUGGUGAACGAGAUGAUGCUCAUGGGCUACGAGAGGGAGCAGGUGGUAGCAGCUCUGAGAGCGAGUUUCAACAACCCAGACAGAGCUGUGGAGUACCUGCUCACAGGUAUUCCAGGCAGAGAUGCAACAGGACCUGAUGCGGUGGCGCCCCCAGUGAGUGGAGCUCCCCUUCCUGCUGCACCCACAAGUGGUAUUAUUGUUCCCACCAGCACUGGCUCUUCAUCAAGUGCUGGGGGAGGUAACCCCUUGAGUUUCCUAAGAAAUCAGCCCCAGUUCCAAGUGAUGCGACAGCUGAUUCAGCAAAAUGCCGCCCUACUUCCUGCCCUGCUGCAGGAGAUCGGCAGGGAAAACCCAGAGCUGCUGCAGGAGAUAAGCAACCACCAAGAGCAGUUCAUCCAGAUGCUGAAUGAACCCAAUCCAGAGGCAGUGCCGGUAGGUGGCGGAGGUGGAGCGGGAGGGGCAGGGGGAGCCGGAGGGAUGGCAGGUGAUACACCCGGUGGGAGUCACAUGAGCUACAUCCAGGUCACGCCACAGGAGAAAGAGGCCAUUGAGAGGCUAAAAGCCUUAGGAUUUCCAGAGGGACUUGUUAUACAAGCCUACUUUGCUUGUGAGAAGAACGAGAACUUGGCUGCCAACUUCCUUUUACAACAGAACUUUGAUGACGAUUAGAAGAGCCAUCUGCAUUUUGACUGUUUUUUUUUUCUUUUCUUAUUUCUUCCUCUACUUUUGAUUGCUCGUAUUGAAUAUAUGUGUAAAACAAGCCUUUUACAUUUCCAAAAAAAAGUUUUAUUCACUACUUCCACAUUCACCUUUCUUAAUAUCACUGGAUCAAUAUCAGCUGGUGUGCAACGGCAGGCUGUUUUUUGUGACCAGUUUGAAAUGGAGGAACAAUUAAAGUACAGUAACUUUGCAUCAGAAAUCACCUGUGUGCUAUUGAUUUUUUAAAUACUUUGGUUAAGACUUAUGAUUUUUUUAAAGUAAGGAAAAUCAAUAUUGUUUGCAAUGGCAUUACGUAUCACGUUAUAAAUAAGUUUAGUUCAGGCUAGAUCUGAAAGUUAUGACAGUAUUCAUGCACUCUUAUUGUUCUGUUAAGUAAUGGAGAUAUAAAAACAAAAUUAAAGUUGUGCAUAUAAAACAA